AUGGCCUCCUCCGCGACGCUUCUGGCGUCCUUCCGUUCUCAUUCUCGCCUCCGACAGGCAGAACAGGACCUGUGGAGGAUCUCCGCCAAUCCGGGGCUUCUGAUUCCCUUCCGCCAGGGGCGGAGGCUGCAUUCACCCGCAAGGUUCCGGAUCAAAGCCGCGGUGGCCGUUGUUGGGAAGGUAGGGGGUCCUGCCUAACUUCGGAUCUCUAUCUUUAAAGUUUUCUGUACAAUCGUGUGGUCUUGUUUCAAUGCCGAUGGAGAAAUAUUGAGUCGAGAAGCUUCGAUUUUUCAGGAGGAAGCUAGUCCGGAACUCGACAUAUUUGCUUGCCCAAUUUGCUAUGAACCACUGAUAAGGAAGGGGCCCUCAGGCCUAAACCCGUGAGAACACCUCAUUUCUAACUCUCUCUGGCAUGCCUAUUAUCUUGGCUGGGAUAUCUGAACAUUGGUGUGGUUCAUCAGGUCGGCCAUCUACAGGUCUAGUUUCAAGUGUGAAAGGUGCAACAAGCCGUUCUCCAGCAGGAAUACGUAUCUUGAUCUCACCGUCACGUCCGGGACUAGGGCGUACAAUGAAUUCAUGCCUUCAAAGACUGAGCUGUUCAGGUUCGUGACGUAGUACCUGUUUCUUCUUGUUUAGAUGACUGCAAUUACUUUGGCAAAAAGAAUGAAGUUUCCUCUAACAUUUUAGAGGCCCUUUAUGGCACUGGCACUUUGCCCUGGCUUGAGUAUUCUGGCACAAAGAAGAAGUAUAGAGAGAGAUAUGCACAGAAGACCUCCCUUGGAUGUACGAUUGAUUUCUCAAGGGGUUGCAAGGACCCAGAGAUCAUCGUUCAUAAAACAGGACUUCAUCGGCUGAAAAGGCAAAAAAUGAUUUGUGAUCCAGGAUCCCGAAAGACCCAUCCACGGGGUAAAAAGUCAUCUCUAAAUAUAGAAAACUGGCUAUCGUUUCGUAUCUGUGGCCUAUCUCAAGCUUCCUAUCAAUGAACUAGGGUAAGAAUAUUAAAUUCAAUUAGGGAAUACUCCCUUUCUUAGAAAAGAAAAGUGAAGCUGAAUUCGCUAAUGCUUCUUGAAACUAUCAUUCUGGGGUUGCACAAGGUCGAUUUUUUCAUACCAGUGAUGGGCUUUUUCUUUGACAACAGAAUAGGUAAAAUUGAAGUGAACUGGAUAAAUAUAAAUUUACGAAGAAAUACAAAUACAUGUUACUAGCUGCUCAACCAUGCGAUCGAAGAUUCCAAUUCGGUUUCUAUUUCUGUUUGUUGCACUUCAAUUCAUAACUUGAUUACAGCUGUAGAUCAGGGGCUUCAUAAUUAUACUCUCAUGUCUUUAAUUCUUCCUCUCGUCAGGAGUCCACUUGUCUCAUUUCUUUAUGAGAGGGGAUGGCGACAAGGUUUUGGUCAAAAUGGAUUCCCUGGUCUUGAAGAUGAGGUGCUCUGCAACAAUAAAUAUUUAAUUUAUUAAAAUAGACUAAUUUAUGUAGGUUCAUGUUUUAUAUUCAUGAUUUGCAUAAUGUUACUGAUGAUAAUGAUGAUGAUUAUUAUUUUUAUAUUUCUUCAUCCUCUGUGGUAUUAUACUGAGAAUGUUUCACCCCUGCAGUUCAAAAUGGCUCAGGAGUACUUCAAGCCUGUAGCAGGUGGUCUUCUAUUAGACGUAAGCUGCGGGAGUGGCCUAUUUUCAAGAAAGUUCGCCAGCUCUGGGACUUUCUCCGGAGUCAUUGCACUGGAUUUCUCUGAGAACAUGCUUCGCCAGUGCUACGACUUCAUUGCAAAAGAUGAUGCUCUCUUGAAUGCGUAAGCUAAUUCCUUUAAUCUACUUUCUGGUAUUCUAUUAUCAGUUCAAGUUUUAGAUAAUCACCGUAAACCUAUGGUCAUCUCUUAACCGGCUCUCAAAUGUUGUGGACCUGAAACCAUAAAUCCUAAAACCUAUCGUCUUGUUAGGUCAAUCCUAUACAAGUAAAUGAACCCAUGGUCAGUUGACUUUAUGCUCAGAUGACACAAUGCUUUCAUGAGGGAUCCCAUAUUAGGUAGAGAACAUGGGACUAUCUGCCCAAAACUUUCAAUAAGGAUAAAAGAUCAUCAGCUUUGGGUUCACCCCAUCAGGCUUAUUAAACUGUUGAAGCCGUUUAAUGGAUGGAUAUUUGGAUUUAAUAGGCCUCCUAUACCCAUGUUUCAAUCUUCAGCCUCAAAACGUCUCUCUCUUUCUCUCUCUCUCUCUCCCUCAUGAAGGCAUGUCUCUCUACUUCUCUGUAAUCUUCUAAUAAUUCUACAUGUACAUGAAAUUCUAGAUCUCUUGAAAGAUAUAGAGCUAACCAUCAUCUUCUUCUGACGAACAGAUGACAGAAUUAGCAUAAUGGUCUAUUCAAGGUCACUGUUUUGACCUUCUAACCUGAGGAAAAUGGUUCUUUCCUAAACCUUAACAAAGACUCUCUCAUCUGUGACAUAGUUGAAGGCACGUGUGAGGAUACAAUGGGGCAUCCAAAAGCUCCGGCAUAUCCUUGAGGAUCAAGCCCAUGUUUUCAGGCUUGAGCCUCAAAAUUCUCUCGCUCUCUCUCUCUCUCUUGAGGGCAUGUCUCUCUAAUGUUGGUAAAUUUUCUAAUGAUUUCACAUCUACAUGAAUUUUUCAGGAACCUCGCUCUUGUUAGAGCAGAUGUCUCAAGGCUCCCUUUUGAGUCAGGUUCCAUCGAUGCUAUUCAUGCUGGUGCGGCCCUCCACUGCUGGCCUUCUCCUUCUAAUGCGGUAAUCCUUCUCCCUCUCACCAUUGCUACUAUCUUAGAUCCCUCGCUUCCUGAAAAACCACUCCCCAUAUGGAUAACUAUUCAAGAAAAUUGCCAAAAUUGGAAUUGCGAACCGACAACUGGAUGACCCGUUGACUCUGGUGAACCCCAACUUGAGAACCCUGAUUCUGAUCUGGAGGUCCUCCUCUUCAAUAGGUCGCCGAGAUAAACCGCGUCCUGAGAAGCGGGGGCGUUUUCGUUGCCACCACCUUCCUUUCUAGUGUCAACUCUCUCGGCAGGGUAAAGUUGAACCCAAGCCCAUCUCUCUCUCUCUCUCUCUCUCUCUCUCCCUCUCACUCACUCACUCAUUCUCUUUUGUGGUGGGUCGGACGCAGUUUUUAGUGGGAUUUUCCUACUUCAGCGAAGAGGAGAUCGAGGACCUCUGUAGGACGUGCGGCCUGGUGAACUACUCUUGCAAGGUGGACCACUUCUUCAUCAUGUUCUCCGCUCAGAAGCGUUGA